AGUCACCGUCGGUCCACGUGGCCGGCUGAUGAGCGAGCCAGCAGCUGGAUGUUUAGCAGCCUGUGACGACUUCGCACAGAAAUAAGACAAUUUAUCGCCGGCUUGCCCCACCGGUGCCAUACUGCCUGCUUUCGGCGGUGCUCCCCAUCCCUGCAUUCCCCUCACUCGACAGCCCAGCCCUCUCGUCCCUCGGUGUCCCUCCCCGGCACCGAAUUUAGAGGUUUGCUGUCGCCAAGCCGGAGCCGUCCUUCAGCAGUUGUAGCAGGAAAGGGGGAGGUUCGCAGCCGCGCAGUUGCCGGACAAAGAUGUGCCAGCGCCUGUGUCCGCACCGGUGAUAUCGAGAAGUCUUAAUUGACAAGCUGGGAGUGAGACAAUCAAAGGGACAGUUACAAAAGUCGAAGUUUAUUGCCUUGUAAGCUAAAGAGGCAGUAGGUUUGCUCUGGCAAGUCGCUGGGAAAAAGAGGAGUGGAGAAGUGCCCUGUAACUGCUAAACAACACUGCUCUUCCAGAUCCUCCAUGAAAACACCAGUGACCUGAUCUUUAAUCAGAUAAUCCCAUUAAUUUGAAUGAGCUUUUCAUUAAUAGUCUUAAAGUUAAAUAGAAAAUGGUCGACUGUGGAACUCUAUCGUGAAGACCUCAGAAGAGCUAUCAGUUUUUCCAGUCAGCUUCUCAUAAUGUAAAUAUAAUUUGAGCUUUCCCAGCUGGGCAGCUAAACCAUGAACAAGCAGAAAAAACCAUUUUGGACUGUAUUGCUGUAACAGGCUUCACCUUCUAUCUCAGAAACUUGUUAAAAGAUUACAGCUGAAAAGACAAGAGAAAGAAAUCCUUGAACAGGAAGCUUGUCCUACAAUGAGAAUUACAAGAACAUCUUGUAUCUGCCCAGUGCUAGUAUGUCUAUGUUUUGUGCAGAGGUGUUAUGGAGCUGCUCACCAUGGCUCCAUCAAGGUGACCAGAAAUCAAACCAAACACAUAGAAGGCGAAACAGAAGUGCAUCAUCGUCCCAAGCGUGGAUGGGUGUGGAACCAGUUCUUUGUUUUAGAAGAACACAUGGGACCAGAUCCUCAGUAUGUAGGAAAGCUACACUCAAAUUCAGACAAAGGUGAUGGAUCAGUCAAAUACAUUCUGACUGGAGAAGGGGCAGGAACUAUAUUUAUUAUUGAUGACACGACUGGAGACAUCCAUUCAACCAAAAGCUUAGACCGAGAGCAGAAGACACACUAUGUGCUUCAUGCCCAGGCUAUUGACAGACGGACAAACAAGCCACUUGAACCUGAAUCUGAAUUCAUCAUCAAAGUGCAGGACAUCAACGACAACGCACCGAAAUUUACAGAUGGACCUUACAUUGUUACUGUGCCAGAGAUGUCUGAAAUGGGUACAUCUGUUCUACAGGUGACAGCCACAGAUGCUGAUGACCCUACCUAUGGAAACAGUGCCAGAGUAGUGUACAGCAUUCUUCAGGGCCAGCCAUAUUUCUCUGUGGACCCUAAAACAGGGAUCAUCAGGACUGCUUUGCACAACAUGGACAGGGAAGCCAGAGAGCACUAUUCCGUUGUCAUUCAAGCCAAAGAUAUGGCUGGGCAGGUUGGAGGGCUGUCAGGGUCAACAACUGUAAAUAUCACUCUCACUGAUGUGAACGACAAUCCACCCAGGUUUCCUCAGAAACAUUAUCAACUGUAUGUUCCUGAAUCAGCUCAAGUUGGAUCAGCAGUUGGCAAAAUAAAAGCAAAUGAUGCAGACACUGGUUCGAACGCAGACAUGAAGUACACAAUUAUCAAUGGGGAUGGCUCUGGAGUGUUCUCCAUAUCUACAGACAAAGAAACAAGGGAAGGAAUUCUGUCUCUGAAGAAGCCCCUCAAUUAUGAAAAAAAGAAAUCGUAUACGCUUAACAUAGAAGGAGCCAACACGCACCUUGAUUUCAGAUUUUCACACCUGGGACCAUUCAAAGAUGUCACAAUGCUGAAGAUCAUUGUUGGCGAUGUGGAUGAACCUCCUCUCUUCACUAUGCCUUCCUAUGUCAUGGAAGUGUAUGAGAAUGCGAAGGUUGGAACCGCUGUUGGCACAGUCACAGCACAAGAUCCUGACACGGCCAACAGUUUAGUAAGAUAUUUAAUUGAUCAUAACACAGAAGAAGAUAGGUAUUUUACUAUUGAUGCCAGUACUGGGACCAUUAAAACUGCCAAGAUUUUUGACAGAGAAGAGACGCCUUGGUACAACAUCACAGUGACUGCUUCUGAGAUAGACAACCCUGGGUUAGUGAGCCAUGUUCCCGUUGGUGUUAGAAUCUUGGACAUCAAUGACAACCCUCCAGAGCUUGCCAGAGAGUAUGAUGUAGUUGUCUGUGAGAAUGCAAAGCCUGGUCAGGUAAUUCAGACUAUCACUGCAACUGACAAAGAUAACUCUGCAAAUGGGGCAAGAUUCCAUUUUUUCCUUGAUGAAGGGCACUCUUUGAAUCCCAACUUUACUCUGAGGGACAAUGAAGAUAACACAGCCAGCAUCCUGACAAGACGAAAGAAAUACAGUCGAACCGCUCAAGAGAUGUAUUACCUCCCAGUGCUGAUUUCUGAUGGUGGAGUGCCCUCUCUCAGCAGCAGCAGUACUCUCACAAUCAAAGUUUGUGCCUGUGAGAGAGAUGGUCAAGUGAGAACUUGCCAUACUGAAGCUUUCCUCUCCUCAGCUGGCUUGAGCACAGGAGCUUUAAUUGCAAUCUUGCUUUGUGUCCUCAUUCUUCUUGUUUUCUCUUUAGCAAUUGUGGUACUUUUCAUCACCCUAAGACGCAACAAGAAGGAGCCCUUGAUCAUUUCAGAGGAAGAUGUCCGGGAAAAUGUCGUAACAUAUGAUGAUGAGGGUGGAGGAGAAGAAGACACAGAAGCAUUUGACAUCACAGCUCUGCGGAAUCCAUCAGCUGUUGAGGAGCUAAAAUACCGGAGGGAUGUUCAUCCCGAAGUGAAGCCGACGCCCAGGCAUCACACCUCCACAAGCCUCGACAGCAUAGAUGUUCAGGAAUUCAUUAAACAAAGACUGGCAGAGGCUGAUCUGGAUCCCAGUGUACCCCCAUACGACUCCUUACAGACAUAUGCCUAUGAAGGUCACAGAUCAGAAGCUGGAUCAAUCAGCUCUCUGGAUUCAGCCACAACACACUCUGAUCAGGAUUAUACUUACCUUGAGGACUGGGGACCUGAGUUCAAGAAAUUAGCUGAACUCUAUGGGGAAAUAGAAUCAGAAAGAACAACUUAGCUGUAAUUCCCAGAACAGAAAGGUUCCUAAACAACUGGAGAUAGAGUGACAGCAACAGUAACAAAAAAUGACUACAGUACAUGGAACUGAGCAAAUUGUGCAGAGUUACUGUACAACAAGUGCCCUUUUCAUAUUUGAAACUGGGUUCUCCAAUUGAAGAAAGUAAAACUUCAAAAAAUACAGAAAAAAAAAAACAAAGCUAUUGUCCCUUGUGUAUGUUUUUUAAUUGCUCAAUAAAGUCCAUGGUACCAUAUCCAUAACAACACCUAAAGGGAAGCCAAGCAAUGCCAUUUUCAUUUCAAUAUGUUUCAUAUCUCCAAGCUGCAGUGAGUUUAUGGUCGUGCCUGUUUAGGAAGAUAGCUAAUGGAAGAGCAAAUCUCUUGCAGGUGGUUGUGGUGUUGCAUUUCUAGCUGUGCUCUAGGCCUUGUGAUCCCAACAUGGGGUAGUCAGUGGGGUUUACUGUAAGUGUGAGAAUUGCUAACAGUCUGUUUCCUUUACAGAAGGGAUAAGCCACACCUGUCCUCCUAAAUAUAUGGUCCUUUGAUGAUUUAAUCUUAUUGGAUUAGCAGGUGGCGUUAAGGUGAUGUCAUUGCAUCAUGUCCUUGGUAAUCCUUUCAUCCAUAACCAGCUAACAGAUGGAGGGCAUCAUUAACUGAUAACAUGGCUCUAGCCCAUAACCCCUGUUACUGCUUGUGAGAACUGCUGUUUCCAGUGUUGUGCUUUUCCUUUUGACUUCUCAUUGGAACAUCAUUCAUUUACAUGAAAUGAAUCCACAGUACUCUUUAUGCAGUGAAGCAGGUGAAGCUUAGACUCCUUCAAUAAAACCAGCAAUGGCAGCACUAUUCAAUUAUGCAGGUGUUUGGUUAACUGUGCUUCACUUCUCCCAAUAGAUGAAGAUUUCAGGUAUUUUGCUGAUCUGAGUCCAGUUGCUACGACACUCAAUUUUUAAAACAUGGGAGUUUUGACCAUGCCUCUCCAGUGUGCAACUAAAAGCAAAAUAGGGCUGGUCACAAAAUAUUGGGGUAGCAAAACUUGAAACGAGAGUAAGAUGCUGCUGCUUUUUUCUUUUUAGUUAGAUCUACUGAUACUUCAUUUCUCUUAGAGUAAUUUUCUAAGCAGAGCUAAGCUUUUUUUCUUCCUAUUUCAAACAUCAUGGCAACAAGAACACUUUAAAUAAGUGGAGGAAGGAAAAACCAAAACAGCAUUUUGUGGUUUCUAUGGAUCAGACAGACUUCUUAUGUUAGUAACUAUUUCAGAUUGCAGAACUGCCAUGCAUUUCUGCUUAAAUUUGCAGGUUGCUAACACCUAAUCCAGCAGUUUUGUUUGAAACUCUUCACUUUGAUUGUCUUUCCUGUUGAUAAUACUGUGAGAGCACCAGGAGCUCAUAACAUCUAAUGAAAGAGUAUGAACUGUAAGGCUUUGCCAUCUAUUACCAUCUUCUGCUUCUGAGAAAGCUGUACCUCCGCUUAGGGAAGAGGACUCUGUGCAAUAUGCAUUUGAUAGUGGAACUUUGCAGAGCAGAAGCCAUGCACUGUUUGUGGCGGUGUUUUUUUGUUGGUUUGGGUUUGUCUGGGUUUGUUUUGUAACUUUCUGGGAUGGUAUGGCAAAUGAUACAGAUCUGUGCACUCCACUAGAUUUCCCUCUAUGCAUUUGAAGGGUUGCUUACCUACAGAAGGUCUAUCUUGCUGACCUGACCUACUACAGGCCAUACAGGUAAAGCAGAUUAUUAAGUCUUUCCUUUAAUGUGUGGUUGGGUAGGUCAUAGUUAUGACUGAAACUUCUAAUCAGUUCUACUUUGAGGAUUCAGGGGUUUUUUUCAUUUUUUUAUGAGCUCCUUCCUGAGAUGUAGCUCAUUGUUUUUUGUUUAAACAGCCUUCUGGAAAAACUAGCAAGUAGUUUUGCAAGUAAAAUUUCAAACUUGAAGAUGUAGUAGUUGCACUUUAGUUCCAGAAUUGGUUUUGACUAUACCGUUUUGUUUGCAACUUGUGUGUUUCUCUUUCUGUCAACAACUGAAUCCCUGAGGCAACUUAGAGGAGGAAAACCUCCCGAGCCUAAAAUGUCUUGUUGAUGAAAGUAGUUUAAAAAUCUGUGUCCAGAUUAAUAUUUUUUUGAAUUUAAUUUUUACCAAAUACACAAUCUUCUAAAAAAAGCAUUUAAGGAGACAUUGUUAUUGUAGAGCCAAGUUCAACAGAUGCUUUGGUGCAAUAAGAGUUACACUCGAGUCGAGAACUCUUUAUGUAUUGUCUUUUUUGGGAAUAGAGUUAAGAUGUAUUUCAGAUUUUUUUUCCAUAUGUAGGGCAGGAUUUUAUGACAAAAUAAUGUCUUUUGAUUUAGAUCUCACUGGCAUUGAGCCAACAUUUAAAUUCAUAUAUGAGUGCUAAGAAGAAAACCUUUCAGCAUCGGUAGUACCAUGGACCAUAAAAGUUUGUACCACAUCUGCAUGAAAACUGCAUUCAUUAUUGUAUUAUAGUUUUGAGAGCCAGGUAUUAGUUAUCUUUAUGUCUGUUCCCUCUGGCACUACACCAGAGCAUGAAAAUCAGUUGCAUUUUGUGCUUUAAGCAGUGCUCCCACCAUUGCUGUCUUUUUAUUUGCAUCAUAGAACAUUCAAGCUUAAGGCCAGCAGAAGUGUAAUGAAAUGGACAAAUAAUUACUCUUUCACUCAUGUGCUGAUUAAUGAGAAAAGGAGGUCAAGUCUCAGACAAUAAGAAUCCCCUUUUCAUCAUUCCUGGGCUCUCUUUGCUGCUGUACAGCAUGUGCAUCACACCCACAGCCCAGGAGUAACUCUGGAGAGUUAUUGAUACGCUGCUUCGGUGAUGCUGUGGUGUGUCCUGUUUGGUAUGUCUGAUCCACAGUGAUUGCCAAAUGUGUUUUUAAACCAUGAAAAGUCUGCAUGCUUGCUGUGCUCACUGUUUUUUACCCAAAUACACAUCACUGUGCUGUGUUGUUUGCAUGACCAAUAGCAGAAUACUAAAUCUCAGGGCCACAGACCAAGGCCUCAUGGUGCAGGAGGAACAGGUUUACACAUUUCUUUUCCUGAUCUUGCAAUUUUGCUUUCGGUCCUUUGUGUCCUCAAGACAAAUUCAAAGUAUACUUGAGAAUUUCUACAUUAGCAUUGAUUAAAAUGGAAGAAAAUGAAUACUGUACACCAUGGAGGGCACAAUCAUUUUGUAGCAUUUCUGGGGUUUGAGAAGUGUACAUGCAGUGAAACAUACUGUGGGAAACCCUUGUCUAGUUUUAUGGCUAAAUCUGAUUGUGCAGACUUCCCUUAAAGCUUUCCAGGACCUUUUUAUGUACUCACAUUCACAACAUUUUCCUAUUAGCCUAAAGAGUAAUCCUGCUGCUACUUAAGAAUGAAAACCUGAAAACUACCAGUUUUACUUAAACUGGAAGAUCCUGAGUGAGGUUCAAUGGCAUUUACGAAGGAAUGCUUAAGAGCUUUCCAAUUCACACUUUUAUUUCUGCAACAGCUAUUGAUCUACUAACACAUUCACACCCAGUUCAUUUUUCAUGUUCCUUAAAAACCAAACUUCUUCCUUCUAAUGGCAAGGGUGAGGCACUCAGAAUGCUGUCAUCUUGAUCCAUCAGCUAAGAAAAUCUUGUGUGCAUUUUAAAAUGUGAAAAUACAUUAUCAACCUACAGCCAGUCAAAUAUGUGAUUUAAUACACUUUAAAGACAAGAAAGAGUUUGAAUUCAGCUGGCAUGAGACUAAGAUUCAUUGAAAAGAAAUUUGUUUCUCAGUGUUAGCAUUUCUUGCAUAUGAGAUUGUAAAAGUUGGAAGUAAUUUCACUCUAUUUUGCACUUUAUUUUUUUGCAUUCUUCUUAGAAAACUAAACAUUGUGAAAAUGUUGGGGGUUGAAUUCUAACUGAUGCAAUUGUUUUAAGCUGUGAAUACUGCAAGAAAAUGUGAAAAUACCCUCACAGGAAAAGGAAUUAGGAAAUUUCUAUGGUCUAAGACUUGGUAAAAUAUUAUUUUAGGAAACUUAAGUGUUGAAUGAGUCUGGAAUUAACCAAACUGGUAGAGUCACAGAAGGGAUAACAGAGGCAAUAUUCUAAAUGCAGAGAAGAAUAUGGAAUUAUGCUGCCUGGAGUUACUUCGUGGAUUAUAAAGUGCUAAGACCUUUUACUUGCAGUAUAUAUAAAUGGCACAGUGCAUUCUAAGGAACAUUGGGAACGUGUUGCAAGUAUUGGGCCAUCCUUAUUUUUCCAAAGUGUCCAAAAAAAUAUCUAUUUUUUUUAACAAAAAGAGUAUGUAAAAAGUAUACCUCCUUAUGCAAGUGUUACUGAUAGCAAUUGUUACCUUUUCUUUUAAUAAACAGAAGGGACAAAACCUUUCAUUCGUA